AUGUAUACAGAGCUAAAGGAACUGAUCAAUUUUCUGGCUAUUUAUAUGCAUCAUCGAAUUCCUCGGCGUCGGAUUUGUUUGCUCAUGGAAAGUUACAGUAAUCAUCUUGCGGGAAGAUUUUUGGGGAAAUGGAAGCCAGAAGAGCCAGAAUAUGGAGAAAAAGAGCGAACGUUGAUGAUUAAAGCAGGAGAUUGCCUAGACCAAAUUCUCAGCACAAUUGCAACAAGCAUUGGGAUUGUUGAAGAAGAUCUUGCAGCGUGUUUUCCAUCACUAAUGAUAGCUUAUUGCAACCCUGGCAUAGUAUCGUGCCAAGUGAUGAACUAUGCACAUAUGAUCACUGUUUGGAUGGGAGAUGUUAACGCUGAUGUAAAUUUUACGCCUAUACCAGAUGGUAUUGCGUUCUUCUGCGAAACCCCGGCUAUACUGUACAAUGUUUUGAAUAGCAAUGGCAACGUUAUGGAUAAAACAAAAUAUCCUUUCUAUUUUGUUCCAAAAAACAAAGAAUUGAAAUCACAACGAUGUAUUCUAUUGCAAUUAAUUAGCUCGAUGGACGACUAUGCUUACGAUUUAGUUUGGAGUGGUUUUCUCUUCGAAAAUGAGAUACCACCUUUGCUUUUCCGUUAUAUUACAAAAGAAAAUUGUCCAUUUACGGCACGCCUAUUUGCGGAUACACGUUUUGGUUGUCAUCGAUCACGUCCUGAUCACAAAGCUAUGCGUCGAAUUCAACAUGCUGCAGCAUAUUUAGCUGUCACCAACGAUAAUGCUGGCUAUAAUAGUGCUUCUGGUAGCCAUCAGGAAAGCGCUCAGUAUGAUAUAAAUCCAGCAACCAAUAACUUUUGCUAUAGUCAACAGCUCCACGCAAAUAACAAAUUUGCGCCUAUAACUUCGCUCUCUGUUCCACUUGUGUCAUCAUCAUCAUCAUCAUCAUCAUCAUCAUCAGCAGCAGCAGCAACAGCCGCUUCAAUUGGACAAAAAAACUGUGAUACAGUGAACUCAAUGACAGCAUCUGCAAAUGUUAUCACAAAUACAGUAGCGUCAAAUGAUUCUAAGCGUCUUCUAUUGGAUCAAUCGCUGAUGCCUUCAAAUCCACUGCCCGAAUCCAUCAGUAAUAAUGCUGGACACGUUGUUAAUCAGUUUUAUUCAUUAUCUCCAAUCUUGGAUAAUGGCAGUGACUUCAGUGCAUGGAAUUGUUAUCCUGCAGCAGGUGACAUUAAAGUGGACAAUGCGAUUGCUAAGAUUCCAGUAUAUGACGAGCGUAAUAAUUUCCAUCUUAUAUAUCCAUAUAGCUCCCCCCAAGCAUCAGUUGCCGACAAUUACAACAAAUAUUCACUUGAAACAGGAACUUCAUCAUUCCUAUCAUUUCCGGCAUCGCUUUCCAAUCUCAACUGCGCUUCAUCCGGAAAUCAGGGAAAUCAAAUCCAUAAUUUCGAGUUAAAUAAUUCGGAUAUGUCUAAGCUUCAAUACAAUGUCAGCCGCAUGUCAUUUGCCGAUGGUGGUGCAUCUCCAUCGUCAACAUUUGCCACCAAAUAG